AUGGUGCGUCAGCUCCAUGGUAGCAUGCUGGCGCGAGUCACGGACAAUGGAGCUGUCUCAGUGGCAUUCGCAGUGACCAACGGAGUGAAGCAGGGCUGCGUCCUGGCGUCUACCCUCUUAAGUCUUCUGUUAUCUGCCAUGAUGCUGGAGGCCUACCGUGACGAACGCCCUGGGAUCUGCAUCGCCUACAAGACGGGCGAUCAACGCCUCAACCACAGGCGGAUGCACUUCCAGUCGCGUUUGUCCACAUCGACGGUCCAUGAACUUAUCUUCGCUGAUGACUGCGCUCUCAACGUCACCUCCGAAGAGGACAUACGCAGGCACAUGGACCUCUUCGCAGCCGUCUGCAACAAAUUUGGCCUCAGCAUCCACUUGGGGAAAGCGGUGGUUAUGCAUCAACCGCCGCCCGACGCUGUCUUCGUCGAAUCCCAAAUAAUCGUGAACGGAACCAAAAUGCAAGUGGUGGACAACUUCACCUAUCUGGGCAGAAUCCUAUCUCGCAAAACCAAAAUCGACGCUGAAGUCGCCCGCUGA